UCGCUCUUUCUCUCUCUUUUUUGUGUUUUUUUUUUAAAUCAUACAGGCUCUCUUACUGCGCCCGACGAACGACGAAACGUUACGCAGCAUUCCUCGCUUUAUCUCUCUACCUCCCAAUCUUCACAUCACGACACCAUUCGUUCCUUGGCUCGCCGAGUAUAUACGUACCAUAUAUCUUAAAAGACGAAAUAUAUAUAAAAGAACAACAACACACGCACGCUACACACACACACACACACACAAAGUCAUGUCCACAGAGAAUUUUGUUGGUUCAGCUUUUGAAUCCGAUCCUCCACGGAAAAUGUACGACUAUUCACAACAGGAACGGUCGACCGAGUCGAGGUUUCGUUUUUGGUCGAAUUCACGAUACUCGUCGUAUCUUGUGUUAACGGCUGUUUUCGAAGCCGCUGUCGUUAUUGCGCUCGAAUCUGUCAUUUUCGCAAAGUUUUAUGAUUCUGCGUUUUCAGGGCAGAUUGGACAGGGUAUUCCUGUGUACCUGAUGAUUUUUAUUAUUUGCCAAGUAUAUCAAGUCGGCAUAGCGUGGGAUGCUGUUCGCAUGCAAAACACGAUCCAAGUCAUUGCAUUUUUUUUGCUCAACCUUUGCUGUCUUAUCUAUGCCGGUUUUCAGUUUCAACAAAUCAAAGAAGCUAUGGAUCAGGAAAUCGAUGUGCCAGAAGAACAAGUGGACUAUCUACAAUGGUUGAUUACACGUCUGUUGAUCGUGAACGUGGUCAUUAUUGGUGUCUGUGAACUUGUCUACCUGUACCUUGGUGCCAGACUGUAUCAGGAAUUUGGCUGGCGGAUCUAUAAAAAGAUUGGUGCUGAUCCUGGAAUUCGAAACAUGUACCGUUGGUAUCAGAUCUUACUCACGAUCCUUAAAAUCGACAUGUUUUUCUUUUUGGGGUAUUCAAUCCAGUACCUAGUACUUGUGCUUCACGCUGGAGAUGUAGAAUUUCCAUUGACGAUCGUUGCACUACCGCUGAUAUGUCUGUUCCUGAUAUUAGCUGUCUAUGCAGUUCGUCAUGAAUCCAAACCCCUGGUGAUCAUCUUUUUUGUUGGAUUGGCAGCAGGAUGUGCAUACUUUAUAUUUAAACUUGUACGCAUGUACACGCCAUCCGAGGAAUACAAAUACAUGUAUGUCGAGAAGUUUUUGACCUUUUUUGCAAGUGUAUCAUUAGCACUUUUAGUACUCACCAUUAUCAACGCUGGGGUAUGCUGGUCAAACUUUGACAAGGGACUCAAACAACAUCUGCUUCGUGAUCGAAACGAGGCAGCAUUAACUCAAAAUGCUGGUGAUAGAACUCUUUCUUUGGACUAAUCUCAGUAAUAUAUAUUUCUCCCUCACUACCUCAUCCACUCACGAUCCAUCAUUCCUAAGCUUUCUUCGUUCACCUGCUCUGCCGCGAUCCCAACCUUUACUUAUUUAUCUUACUCAUACAUCCUAAUUUACACACACACACACACGCAUACAACACCUAUAACAAACGUACACAGACAAGUCCUCUCUAUCUCCUUCUUUCUUUCAUCCCUAACCUCUCCCUCCUACUAACCUUUAUAUCUAUACAUAGUUUGUAAAAUUAAUCCCACCUUUCGCAUUUUUAAGUUCUCUUUCUUCGCUUCGUCCUCCUAUUAUAUAUAAAAUUCUAACACCCCUACUACAUAUAACAAAAAUUAUCAUUCCUUUACGAUGCUCGUGUACAUGAGAUUAACAAAGCAUUUCUUAUAAGACAAGCAGUUGCUAUAUCGUAGUGAAAUAUUUAUGAAAACUCUCUUGCUCCAUAAAAUCUUGAAUAUUUUUCUGACUAAUACAUAAUAGG